UAUUUCUGCGAAACACACAGCAGAUCCUGUUUGUUUGUGUGUUUGUGUUGAUAGCACCGUUGAUCUGACUGGAAAAAGAUAAAGGUGGAGGAGACAAAGGUAAAUGCUGUGACACCAGCAACAGUUGGGCAUAUCGGUGAGCUGACAGAGACGCUCCGGGAUCAUUGACUGAAGCUUUUAUUUUUUUUAUUUCUUAAAUCCGGGAAGUCGCAUCUGCAUUCAGCAUCAUGCCCGUCCACAGGAGGCAGCCCAGUAUUGAAUUACUGGAAUUAAUGGGAGUGGUGCGGGAGAAUGGCAAUGAACUGACAUCACUCCCACCUGUGCACACGCCUCUGUCAUAUGACUACGUCCUGGUUGCCAAAACAAUUGAUAAGCAGGAAAGAGAGGUGUUCAAGAAGCAAACUGAAUACAUUGAAGAACUGAAAAAAAAGAACUUGAAAGUUACCAAAAUUAUAGAUGAUGAUCUCGUCUUCUAUGGGAUUCAAGCGCCUAAAGAAAUUUUUGAGAAGUACAGGUAUCUGCUCAAAGUGUCAGACGCCUGUAACUGGAGCUCAGAUCAGAACAUUGUACCACUCAGCACCAGGAUAAGGAUCGUCCACUUCAUCUUGAAUCACACACCUAUACGCUCAGGAGAGGGUUUGCGGGAUCUUAUGAAGAUGAAGGUUUUUGAGGCAAGAUUCUGCUUACAUGAGAAAAAGAAACAGAGAGAGCUGAAGGAGAGCUGGGCACGAUGGACAGCCUGUCUCCAAGGGCAACCCAUCACUGCCGUCAGGAACUACUUUGGGGAGAAGGUGGCCUUGUACUACCUGUGGUUAGGGUGGUACACAUAUCUGCUCAUCCCGCCUGCUCUCAUCGGGGUCAUUGUCUUCCUUUAUGGCCUUGCUUUCUUCAACAGCUCGCCCCUCAUAAAGGAGGUUUGUGAGGCUGACACAGUCAUGUGUCCCCUUUGUGACAAGAGAUGCAAAGUGUGGCAGCUCUCCGAUACCUGCACAUAUGCCAAGGUGAGCCAGCUGUUUGAUAAUAAUGGCACGGUGCUCUUUGCAAUGUUCAUGGCAGUGUGGGCAACACUGUUUUUGGAGUUCUGGAAGAGACAUCGAGCUUCCUAUGUGUGCGAAUGGAAAGUGUCUGAUUGGUGUGAGGAGGAGGAGGAACUGAUCCUGGAAAUUGUGAACAACGUCAACUGCCAACCAAAAGAAUAUAAGCACUCCUAUCUGCGCAGCACUCUGGUGCUGAUCUGUGUCACAGUUAUGAUAUUGGUGAUCAUCGGCCUGACACACGCCUUGGUGGUGUUUAGGGUGAUUGCAGCAGUGCUCUUGGCUGAAGGAUCGUGGGAGUUUCUGAGCAACCACUCAAAUAGUGGAGCAAUGAUGCUGGGUGCUGUCCUCCAUUACCUCAUCAUCACUGUCAUGACACGGGUCAACAGGAUUGUUGCCAUGAAGCUCUGUGAAAUAGAGGAAACAAGAUCAUUUGCUGCCACAGAGAAGAGUUUCACCGUCAAGAUGUUCACCUUCCAGUUCUUCACCUAUUUCUCCUCCCUUUUCUACGUGGCGUUUUUUCUCGGCAGGAUAAAUGGCCAUCCUGGUGGUUAUGUCCGAAUUUCAGGGAAAUGGAGGCUGGAGGAGUGUCAUCCCAGUGGAUGUCUCACAGACCUGUUCAUCCAGAUGGCGAUUAUAAUGGUACUCAAGCAAACCAUCAGCAAUGUCUUUGAGUUCACUGGCCCGUGGUUCUGCAGGUGGUUGAAGAGACGAAGAACCCACAAGCUCCAGAGGAAAUGCGCCCACUGCUACCUGAAAGACGAAUCAGAGGCCAAACACGGAGCGGAGCUGUGUGAUAACUGCAAGCUUCGAGACUGGCUCAGCAACUACCGUCUCAAUGAUGUCGACUCCUUCAGCCUGUUCCAUGAGUUCCUGGAGAUGGUGAUCCAGUUCAGCUUUACCACCAUCUUUGUGGCAGCGUUUCCUCUCGCUCCUCUGCUUGCCCUCAUUAAUAACAUCAUUGAGAUCCGCCUGGAUGCCAUUAAAAUGGUCACCCUGGAGCGCAGACUGGUUCCCAAGAAAACCAACGAUAUUGGUGUGUGGAUAGACGUGUUAGAGGCAAUUGGUGUCUUAGCAGUCAUUGCCAACGGGCUGGUCAUUGGCGUGUCUUCAGACUUCAUCCCUCGACUGGUGUACCGUUACCGCUAUGGUCCGUGUGCCAACGGCACGGCAACAGAUAUGGACUGCAUGGUGGGAUACAUCAACAACACUCUCUCCAUUGCGCGAAUGGACGACGAGAUCAUAGCAAAAGAGUUUUCAGCAAAUCAGAUGAUCACUGCGAGUGGCAUGAAUGUCUCCUCCUGCAGGUAUAAAGACUACAGGAGCAAUGAGGACUACAGUUUUACUCCACAGUUUUGGCUCAUUUUGGCUGUGCGCUUUGCAUUUGUCAUCCUGUUUGAGCACGUCGUCGUCAUAUGCAAGUUCAUCGCAGCCUGGUUUGUGCCUAGCGCUCCCAUGCAGGUCAAGAAUGAUCGACUCUUUGAUAAACUCAAAAGACUAAAAGAGGAACUCAGUUCUUUUGAAGCGUGACCACACCCAGGCACUUAAAGGUUACACAUUUUCCCUGAGGACAUGAGCCCAGCGUUGCCUUGUGCAUUUAAAGUGUCCAGAGUAUUACAGAGUUGAGUCAACUUCAAAGUUAUUAAAUUGUCUCUCUGCAGAGUUCAGACGGAGAGGAGAGGGCUCUCACUCUCUUUCAGUGUUUGCAGUCAAAUAUUAAUGGCUGGCUAUCUGGAUUCUCAUGUAUGAAAUGGACUUUGAAGGCAGACUAAUUUUUCAUGGACAAAACAAAAAGUGUACAGUAACUGAUUUUACUGACCUUUAGAUUGUUCUUAUUCUAUAGUAAGAAUGCACUGAUUGCUUACUGUUGGAUCUCUAUAUUUGUGAGAUGUAUGUGAGUGUUUUUAUUGAAAGCCUAAAGAUAAUUUAUACUGCUGCUGCACAUACAGUACUGAUUGUGUGUUACGAUGUUGCCUUAUAACUGUAACAAAGCGCUGUGAUGAUUGUCAUUACUGCAGACAGAAUCUGAUGGUGUCUUUUGUAAACCAGACACAGGAAUGUUUUGCAUUAUAAUAUUUUAUAUUAUUGAAUAAAAGAGGAAAACUUUGGCCUCAUGUGAUGCCUUUUGAAAUUAAGUGUUUUAAUUAAAAGGCACAACACUCCAGGUCAAAAUGUUUUUUAACAGCA